CCCUCUCUCCCUCUCUCUCCCUCUCUCCCCCUCCUGCUCCAGCUCCGGUAUGUCUCUCCGGUAGCCGGAGCUGGAGCACCGCAGUGCCCGGGACGGACCGAGGAGGAGCGGACGGAUCCGGAAGAUGGCAGCGGGGGUUUAGGGGCACCGGAGAGCAGCCCGCCUCCCGGUGUUCUGGUUCUGGACUACCGACGCACGGCUCCGGUGUCGCGAUGAGCUCGUGCAGCAGCAGGGCCCUCACCAUCCUGUCCACGGUGUUCGGGGCCUGUGGACUCCUGCUGGUGGGCGUGGCCGUGUCCACAGACUACUGGCUCAUCAUGGUGGAGGGAAUCAUCCUGCAGCAGAACCAGAGCAUGGAGGUGAAGAUGGCGCUGCACUCGGGCCUGUGGAGGGUCUGCUUCGUGGCCGGAUCAGAAAACGGGAAAUGUGUGGCGUCAGAAUACUUCACCGAGCCCGACAUCGAGAUCACGACGGAAAACACGGCGAACAUCCUGAAGAUGGUUCGGACCGCCACGCCCUUCCCCAUGGUGUCGCUGCUCUUCGUCUUCACCGCCUUCGUCAUCAGUAACAUCGGACACAUCCGUCCCCAGAGGACCAUCCUGGCCUUCGUCUCCGGCAUCUUCUUCAUCCUGUCAGGCCUCAGUCUGGUGGUCGGCCUGGUGCUCUACAUCUCCAGCAUCAACGACGAGGUGAUGAACCGCCCCAGAGAGCCCGAGCAGUUCUUCAACUACCACUACGGCUGGUCCUUCGCCUUCGCCGCCUCCUCCUUCCUGCUCAAAGAGGGUGCAGGUGUGAUGUCCGUCUACCUGUUCAUGAAGCGCUACGCCGAGGAGGAGAUGUACCGCCCCCACCCGGCCCUCUACCGCCCCCGCCUGUCUGAGAGCAGCGACUACAGCGGCCAGUUCCUCCACCCGGAGUCGUCCUGGCCUCCGCCCAAACGGGGCCGCAGCGCCUCCGAGGCCUCCAGCGACGUCUCCAUCCAGCUCACCCAGACGCCUCCACCCAAACCCAGCCUGCAGCCGCUGCAGCCCAGCCCGCCCUCCUCCUCCACCAGCUACCAGCAGGCCGGCUACCCCUCCUCCACCCACACCCUGCCCCGGGCCCCUCACCCCCAGGGCCAGACGCUGCCCCUGACCAGGCCUCCAUCACCCGCACCUCCACCUCACUACCACACACACAUGCACAUGAGUGCCUCCCCCUGCUAG